AUGGCCAAAACCAAAGGAGGAGCAGGUUCCGGAAGCAACCAACCGCCGAAGAAGAAAGGCGCCAAACUCCCACCUCCAAAGCGUACCACAAGGCAGACCGCUUCGGAGGAGACCUCCACUAAAAUCGCCGAAGACCCUUUGCUGGAGAUCCAGCCCGAGGACAAGGGGCAUGCCGAAGUCCUCCAACAAGAGGAACGAGAAGUAGCAAGAGCAGCCGCCGAGUCGACACAACCGGAAGAGGGGGAGCCCGAGCUCACCCCUCCUGUGAAAAAAUCAAAGAAGGCUCAGGCGAGCAGAGCAACUCCGGCGCGGUCCACUGUCGCAUCACCACCUGUUCAAGCUCAACCGCAACCGCAAAUUCCAGAAAUCUCCGUGCAAGAGGGAAGAACAGCUUCCGAAGAUACGGAAGAGGAAGAACAAGAGAAAGCGGAGGAGGAGAAGAGCGAAGAAGAGAAGGUGGACGAGGAAGAGGAUGAUGAAGCGGAGGAAGUUGAGGCCGUUCAGGAAAAGGAAGUAGAAAUCCCGACACCCCAGAGCAAGAGACCCGGAGUAAAAAGGAAGCUAGAUGUUGCCAAGCCCCCACUACCAGUUAAGGCCAAACCGGCACCGGCAGGCAGUAAGACCCGAACAAAAGCUGAGCAGAGUAAGAAACCAAGGAAACCCACUGCGGCCGAAAAAGGGAAGGCCAAGGAGAUGGAGGAGCCAAUGGAGGUAGACCCAGAGAGAACUGAGACCGUGGAUAGCUCCAAAUCCGAGGAGGUUUUGGCACCAAAGAAAACCACCUCCAGUACAACCACUACUGCAAAGCCGAAACUUGCGAAGCAGAAGGGGCUGCUACGCACCACUGCUUCCGAAGUGGUCAUACCGAGAGAAAGUCAGAGGUAUGCCGUCCUGCAAAACAGAGAAAUUACCCCUUGGUAUUUUCUGGUGACUGAAGCUUUGGAGGAUUUGGGGAUCAAGGAGAAAGUAGAGGGUUAUUUUGAAGGGAUUGGUUGGAAGAAGAUACUGGAGUGGAACCCUAAAGCAUACCAGAAGUUGAUGGAGGAGUUCAUGGGAACUGUCGAGUUUAAGCCCAAGGGGAACUACACAAUUGAGACUCCAGGUACCUUGCGGUUCCAGAUGCAAGGAAGGAUAUUCCCGCUCUCGAUCAACGAGCUGAAUAUCCACCUGGGGGUGAUUGAAGCCACAGAAGUCUACGAUGAGACCAUUACUGGUCACUGCUAUCUACCGGAAGCAAGUAUGUCAAAAACAUCAGCAAAUCGAACGAGAUCAGGGACCCCGCUUUGCAGAUCUACCACAGGUGGCUGGCCUACAACAUCUACGGCCCGCUGGAAGGUUCCAAUGUGGUCACCCAACAGGAAGUCUUCCUGUUGUGGUGCAUGA